AUGUUUCUAUCAGAUAGUAAAUGUCAUUUCAUUGGUUAUGAUGGAAAAACUAUUCAUAAAGUUUAUUUACUUAGCACAGAAGUGGUUAGUUCAAGUGCAUUAAUAACUAAAGCAAUAAAUUCGACUGAACCAGUGAAUAUUGGCGAUGAUACACUUGUUGAAUUUAGCAGAAAUAACCAGCCAUUUACAGCUCAUGGAACUGGGAUGCCUGCUUCAUCAAUAUCGAAUUCAACAGAUUCACGGCUAUUCAUUUUUACUACUCCAGUCAAUGCAAGUGUUGGUGAUUGGACCUAUGUCGCUGAUCAAACUAUAAUAGGGGUGGAGUGGAUAAAAAUGUAUAUAAAUGAUCUUCCACAUCAUGUUUUAUAUAAUAUAUGUAAAUAUUUAUCUUUCAUUGAUAUUAUAAACUUAUCAAAAACAUGCAAACAAUUAUAUAUUUUAAUCGAAAAAGAUAAUUAUUUUUGGAUGAUAUUAAUUCAAAAUCAUUUUGGAUCGAAAUUAUAUCAACGUUAUGUUAAUGAAAUAUUUCAAAACAAGAAAAAUUCCAAUUAUGUUUUAUAUCGUACAGAAAAAGAUAUACGAAAAUUUGAAAAAUAUUUUCGAAGAUAUUUAGAGUUCCAAAUGUGUAAUAUUUGGUUAUUGAAUGUAUUAAAUAGUAAAGAUAAUAGUGAUGGUUAUAUAGCUCAUAAAAGUAUAGUUAAACAAAAACAACGUCCACGCACAAAUGAAUUAAAAAUGUCAUUAACAAUUGAAGAAUUAUUUGAAUCUUAUUUCAAUAAAAAUAAAUAUUUAAAUAAAGAAAAUAUUCUACAAAUAUCAAUGUAUAAAUUAAUUUAUUUUUAUUUAAUUGAAUCUAAACGUUUAUUAGGUGUUGAUUUAUUUGUAAUAGAUCUAUCUUGUACACGAAAUCAUAUACAUUGUCCCGUCCAAAAAUAUCUCAAUCAUGUAUAUGAUUCAAAUAGUUUAACAGGUCGAUGUGUCCGCUUAUAUUCAUUUCGAUCGAUGUAUCUAGCUGGUAUAAAAGGAAAAUUUAAAUCAAUAUUACCUGGAAUCUAUGAAAUUAUAUGUCGUAUUAAAUUGAAUAAGACCAAUGAAUAUUUCACAUAUUAUAAUGAACGUUGUAGUAGAAAUCAUGCAGUAGAAAAAAAUGUGGAAGGUUAUUUUUAUGCAUUAGCUGAUCAUGGUCUUGAUUGUGAAUGCGAUGGGAAAAAAAUGAAUUUUGAUUGGUUUGAAUCAAACUAUUUAUUACAUGGUAAUACUAAUUGGUUUAAUGAAACGAUGGGUAAAAUAAAAAUAUUCGAAUUAUCGGAUAUUUAUUUUGGAUUUCGAAUUAAUUUAUACUAUGGUUAUGGCAAUAUUUUGUUUGACUACAUACAAUUAAAUAUUAUUGAAUAA